AUGACCAGGGGUGCCUGGAUGUGUCGGCAGUAUGACGACGGCUUAAAAAUCUGGUUGGCAGCACCCCGGGAGAACGAGAAACCGUUCAUCGAUUCAGAGAGGGCUCAGAAAUGGCGACUGUCUUUGGCAUCUCUCUUGUUUUUCACGGUCCUGCUCUCUGAUCACUUGUGGUUCUGCGCCGAGGCCAAACUGACCCGGACCCGGGACAAGGAGCAUCAGCAGCAUCAUCAGCAGCAGCAGCGACAGCAGCAGCAGCAGCAGCAGCGACAGCGGCAGCAGCAGCAGCAGCAGCAGCAGCAGCAACAGCAGCAGCAGCAGCAGCGCCAGCGGCAGCAGGAGCCCUCCUGGCCCGCGCUCCUGGCGAGCAUGGGGGCGUCCUCGCCCGCCGCCCAGGCACACAGACUCCUCUCCGCCCCGUCGUCGCCCACCCUGCCUCCCUCCCCGGGAGACGACGGCGGCGGCGGCGGCAAGGGCCCCCGAGGCAAAAAUGACCGGAGCAAGGCUCCUUUUCUAGGAAACUCUGCCAAACCCCUGUGGCGCCUGGAGACGUGCUACCCCCAGGGCUCGUCCUCGGGCCAGUGCUUCACGGUGGACAACGCGGACGCCGUGUGCGCCAGGAACUGGAGUCGGGGGGCGGCGGCCGCGGGGCAGGGGCAGGCGGCGAGGGGCCGGCGUCCAACUCCGCUCUGGAACUUGUCGGAUUUUUACCUUUCGUUUUGUAAUUCCUACACACUUUGGGAGUUGUUCUCGGGGUUGUCCAGCCCCAACACUUUGAACUGUAGUCUGGAUGUGGUGCUCAAGGAGGGCGAAGAGAUGACUACCUGCCGGCAGUGCGUGGAGGCUUACCAAGACUACGACCAUCACGCUCAGGAGAAAUACGAAGAGUUCGAAAGUGUGCUCCAUAAGUACUUGCAGUCGGAGGAGUACUCGGUGAAAUCGUGUCCCGAGGACUGCAAGAUUGUCUACAAAGCCUGGCUCUGUUCCCAGUAUUUUGAAGUCACACAGUUUAACUGCAGAAAGACAAUUCCUUGCAAGCAAUAUUGUUUGGAGGUUCAGACACGCUGUCCGUUUAUAUUGCCCGACAAUGAUGAAGUCAUCUACGGAGGCCUCUCCAGUUUCAUCUGUACAGGGCUCUACGAAACCUUUCUAACCAAUGAUGAACCAGAAUGCUGUGACGUCAGGAGAGAAGAGCAAUCAAACAACCCAUCCAAAGGGACGGUGGAGAAAAGUGACUCCUGUCACAGGACAUCGCUCACAGUGUCAUCAGCAACAAGACUGUGCAACAGCAGACUCAAACUGUGUGUCCUUGUACUGAUCCUCCUGCACACAGUGCUUACAGCCUCAGCAGCUCAGAACACGACAGCGCUGAGCCUUGGAGGCCUCAACACUCUGGAGGAAAACUCAACCAAUGAGGAAUAA